CACUUCCUGUCUGACACAGAUGCUUAGAAAACGUUUGGUAGCAAGAACUGUAGGAAGCUGCUGUGGUGACUCUGAUGUGAUGGCUGUGAACCGUUGGGGACAGUGAUUCUGAGAGAAGAACCCAGAGAAGGAGCAGCCAUGGCCUGUGCUCGAGUGCCACUGGAUGAGCAGCAAGUGACCGAGCCUGGCCCUCUGGGAAAGGAGCGCACGCUGCCUGCACUGCACCCAGACAGGACAGAGGAGCGCUGUUUCGUGCCUUACAAGCCCCCUCCAGAAGACGGCUCUCCAGCUGACGUGGAGGAGUUUUUAGAACAUGCCAGAUUCAUCACAGAGGACCUGGAGUGGCUGCUUGCAUUGCCUCACGACAAGUUCUGGUGUCAGGAACACUUCUUUACCCCAGCGGUGUUUGGGGAGAUCAUCUACGAGAACUUUCUGUUUGACAUUCCCAAAAUUUUGGAUCUUUGUGUGCUUUUUGGAAAGGGUAACGGCCAGCUGCUGCACAAGAUGAUAGAGAACAUCUUCACUCAGCAGCCGUCCUACUACAACGACCUGGAUGAGACGGUGGCCACAGUUUUACAGGUAUUUGACACGAUCCUGGAGAAGUGUGGUCUCCAGUGUGAAGGAGCCACCGCUGCAGAGCCAAUGAAGCUGAACGCACACAAAAAACCCACUGCCAUGACCAUGAGCCAGCAGGAACUGUCAGAUAUAAUUUUGUACCUGUGUGACUCAACCACCACCAUCAAUGCCUUCCUGGACAUCUUCCCCGCAGCCUGCACCAGCUUCCAGUCCCACAGCUUCCUCAGCAGUCUGACCUCGUUUUAUGAGACCGGUGUGCCUGACCUCGAGAAGGCGAUCAGGAAGAGAAACUUUGACGAUAAAAGUCUUCAGGAGGACCUGUGGAAGAGGCUGUCUCACUCCUGUCGUAAGAUGGUGGAGACGGUGCACCUGCUGCUGCACCACACCUGCCUACAACCAAUCCUGGAGGGGAGAGAAAACAUGCAAACAUUUGCAGAGGAACUGCUGCAAUAUUUCACAUCAUUUUUACCUGAGAAAAGAUUCUUGACAGACUACGAUGAGCAGUUCCCUGUUGCAGACGACAUCAGCCUCCUGCAGCAGGCCGUCCCUGUCAUUGAUGAGACCAGGACGUCCUACUUGCUCCAGGGAGUUGAAAGUGCCUGGGACAGCGUGGGGCGACGGAAACCACAAAGCCAGACUCGGACUAGUCAGGCUCAAGCUUCUGCAUCGCCAUCGGCCAAUCGGGGACCAGCAGCUGGUGCUGCCGCUUCCUCUUCGGCUGGCUCUAAACCUCAGGAGGUCAGAGAGCCAGCAGAAGGAGAGAGUGCGAGGGGAGCAGAGGCCAUGCUGGAUGUCCCCCAAAGAGGAAACAAUGGCGCCGUGUGUCCACUGAUCGGGGCGGAGCUGGAGUCUCUGCUGUCGUGUAUCAGGGAUCUACUUCCUGAUUUGGGUGAAGGUUUCCUGCUGGAAUGCCUGAAGGAAUACAACUACAACUCCGAGCUGGUCAUCAAUAACAUCCUGGAGGACCGGUUAGCUCCCAAUCUGGCCAAACUGGACCGAGCCAUGCCACGGCCAGUGGAGGAGGAGCUUCCGGCUGUUCUGAACAACAGAUCCAACGUGUUUGAUGGUGACGAGUUUGACGUCUUCCGCAGAGAGCAGGUGGACAUGUCCCGCGUCUGGAAGGGCCGGAGGAAAGGUGAGAACGUUCGGGAGAUGCUGAACGACAAGCGGCACAUAGCGGAACAGAAAGCUCGUUAUCACAUGUACGAGACAGUGGUGGACGAGGUCGUCGUCGAACCCGGAGAAUCCGCGACGGCGUACGAGCUGGACGACUACGACGACGAGUACGACGACACCUACGACAUGAACCAAGUGGGCGCCAACGACCUGGACGGAGACUCUUUACUGACCAGAAGGCCGUUCACGGUACCGCAAGUACUGAGAAAAGGAAACAAGGAAGACGAGGAGGAGGAGGAUGAAGACGAUCAAGAGGAAGAUGCUUCAAAGAGCGCUGGAAACAGGGACCAGUUCGUGCAGGACCCGGCUGUGCUGAGGGAGCGAGCCGAGGCUCGAAGAGCAGCCAUGCAGCAGAGGAAAGGCUUCCGGCCAGAGCGUUCCAGCAACGUGGCCGGCCGACCCAAAGGACAAGGACAAACCGCUGAGACGUUACUGGACCGGCGAAAGAAGGAGACCAACAAGAGCCGUGUAGCCAACCACAACCGGCGCAGCAUGGCCGACCGCAAGAGGAACAAAGGCAUGAUCCCCUCCUGACCUGUGGCUCAAGCCCAAUGGACUGAUGGGAGAAGGGGAGGAUGAGGUGUGCGUGAGUGAAAGCUGAAGGAUCCGGGCUCUGGUGUGGUUCUGGUUCAGGUUCAGCCUAAAGUCACUGUGAAAGCCGUCACAGAUUUCGUUAGUUUUCAGAAUGGUUUCGGUAAAACUGCAUUUUGGCUUUUUCUUUUAUUAAAAGUUGCCAACAAGCUUUACUGAACUA